AUGAAUGUGCCCAUAAUAGCGACAAGGAGGGCAACCUCGUCCAUCUGCCUCUCCUGCCGCAAGUCUCUCCUCCGUCAGUUCUCUGCUGUCAGCCGCCGCGCAUACCCAGAGUUCCAGUCGUACCGCCUCAACCCUCAGCCGCCCUCGCCACCCCGCAGCGCCGGCGGGCCAGACACCUCCAUCACCCACCCGAUCGAGCCGCCGAUGCCCCGUGUCCACGAGACGCGACCACCCAAGACACACGAGAACGAACAGGAAGGCGCAACAACGAGAGUCACGUCGUCGGUGGCGUCCUCUGCGUCAGAAUCGAAGCCCAAGACCCGGCCGCGCUCGAAACUACGUGCGCCGCGGAAGGCGGCGAUGAUGCUCACCCCGGCGGCGGUGGACCACCUGCGCGCGCUGCUCGACCAGCCGGACCCGAAGCUUAUCAAGGUCGGCGUCCGCAACCGGGGCUGCAGCGGGCUGGCGUACCAUCUCGAAUACGUGGACAAGCCGGGUGCCUUUGACGAGGCUGUGGAGCAGGACGGGGUCAAGGUGCUCAUCGACAGCAAGGCCCUGUUCAGUAUCAUUGGCAGCGAGAUGGACUGGGUCGAGGACAAGCUGAACCAGCGCUUUGUGUUCCGGAACCCAAAUAUCAAGGAGCAAUGUGGCUGUGGCGAGUCCUUUAUGGUUUAGGUUUCCAAUAAUGAAGAGAUUGUGGCCUCUGCUACCGAGGCAAAUGGAAAGGGGCAGGGACAUCUUUGAGACUGUGAGUUGAGGGCAUCAGUGCUGGGAAGACCUUGGAAGUCAGUGCACAAAUGCAUCAACAUGGCGUUUACUAGAUUUGAUUCAUGACAGGACAAGGGCUGCCGAAUUUGAUGGCACAUGCACAUUUAUUACUAUGAAGGAAGGAUUCAGGGCAGACACGAAGUUCAUCAUCAAGACAGUCAUCAAUUUCCCACAGAGCAUUUCCUCAGCCUGCUGUAUCAUGCACAGCAUCAACGCUCUUGUAUGAGAAAAAGAUUAUGACAGAGAGAGAGAUAAGUACAAAUCACAACAGUCAAGUCAAUA